AUGAAGAUUUUGUUGAUCACUUUUGGUCUUUUGGCUAUAGUUUCAUCUACUGCUACAGUAGCUAUUUCAUCAGUAUAUUAAUGUUCAUGCAAAAAUGCAAUGGUUUAGAUAGAUUGUUUAGCAGAUUAUUGUAUUUGGGAUUCUACCUCAGAAACUUGUUCAAACAAAGCAUGCUCAGUAUUCAGCAAAGAAGAUUGUGAAGGUGUUCCUGAUCCAUUUAAUUGUAUUUGGAAUUACACUACAACUAAAUGUGAAAGUUUUACCAAAUGUUCUGAUUAUACUUUCACAAUUGGUAAUUCAGGUGAUUGCAGUGACAAAUUAAUUCAAUGUUAAGCUGAUCUUGAUACUAUUGAUAGCGCAGCAGGAACUCUUAAAUGCAAAGAUAGAACAUAAGAUGCUGUUUUAAGCAUUGAUAAUUGUAAUUUAUUACCAUAUGCUAACUGCUUUUGGUUUGUAACUCCUGAUGGUAAAUAAUGCUUAUAGAACACAACAACAUAAAAAUGUGAGGCUUAAUCAAUAACUAAAUGUUCUGAUUAUACUAAAGAUAACUGUAAUAUCUUAGCUUGUUAUAUGAAUAAUAAUGUAUGUACUGAAUUGACAUGUGCUAUCUUACCAGAAGAAUCUUGCAGCAUAUUUCUAUCAUAUGACUCUAAAUAAAUGACAUUUUGCACUUGGAAUGGUAGUUCAUGUGUUGAUUUAAAUGUCUCAACUUUGACUCAAGAAUAAUGUUUAGAAGCAACAUACUUUACAUAUGGAUGGAAUACAGAUACAUAAAAAUGUGAAAUAUGUGUAAUUCCUGAUACAGAUUCCAGCUAAUAUAUGAUUCUAUAUGGAUCAAUUCUUAUGGCUAUUGUAUUGUUAUCAUGAA